UCGUCUGUCAUAUGCGAAGCAACGGGAGGAAUCGAUAGCUCGUCCGGAGGAGACACAAACUGAAUACAGAUAUCACUUUUCCGACGGAGGAAAUAGCGCAUUACUUUUAAUUAUACAUGGUACCGAAGUCCAGUAUGACCCAGGUACCUUAAUGCUAAAGCUAGCCGCCGUGUUCCGCCUCUGUUUGUUUAGCUAGCCGUUAUCACGUCGCUCUCUGACUGCAGCCCCCCUGGUCUCCAAACGCACCGCCUUUGUGGCUAUGAGUACGGAUUUACUCUCUGAUUUGGACACUCGUUUCUUCGCUGAUAACCUCCUGACGAGCGAAGACUGGGAUGCCUGCCUGUACCAGUGUGAGAGCAUGGAGGAGGGAGAGGACGGAGACUUCAGCCGGGGGCUGAAAUACGAACCACCGUUUGACAACGACCUCGUCCUCACCCUCGAUCCUGACAACCCCACGUCGCCAUGGAGACACCUCGACGACAACCUCCUCACAGGUGAAGCUCCUGUGAUAAAGAAUGAAAUGACCAUCGCUCAGCCGUUACCAGUCGAGAUGUUGUUCCAGGUGAAAGCAGAACCUCCCUCACCUGCGUCGUCACUCGGGUCCGACUGCUCUGCAGCAUCACCGGACCCUCAGAUCACAGUGAAAGGUGAAAAUCCUCCGACUCCUCCCUACAUGUACGGAGACGUGCUGUCUCCUCCGCUGGGCGCCAUGGAGGUCACCGUGGCAACGACAGCCGUCCCCCCAGCUCAGACGCAGCUACAGACGCCGUUGACGACACAGAUCCCAGCAGUGAUCGGUGGACUACAGACGCAGGCUGCAGUUCUGCCGAGUUCAGCCACAUUAAAGGCCACUUCCAUCCUGAGCACCAAGCCCCCCAUCCAGCCCCGACCGGUGUGUGUCACCACCCUCCCCGUCCCACAGACCCCCACACCUGCCAAGACCCUCAUCCUGCAGGGCCUCCCCUCCAUGGACCAGAGCAGACCUGUCGUCUUGUCUCAGUCCGUCUGCCUCGGUUCUGCUCCGGCCAUCGUCAAAAUGGAGCCCGUCUCUCCCGGCAUCCCUCAGCACUGCUCCGGCCCCACAGCGCCGCCCGCCAGCAAACCCAUCGUCCCGGCGACGCCAGCGCUACCCGGCAACAGCUCCAACGACAUCGAUAUGAAGGUGCUGAAGCGGCAGCAGAGGAUGAUAAAGAACCGAGAGUCGGCCUGCCAGUCGAGGAAGAAGAAGAAGGAGUACCUGCAGAACCUGGAGGCCCAGCUCAGGGAGGCCCAGCAGGAGAACGAGCGUCUCAGGAGGGAGAACCAGGCACUGAGGGAGAGACUGGCUGGGAAAGAGGGCAGCGACUCGGCGAGCAACAAGAGAGCUGUGUGUGUCAUGGCCGUCCUGCUGUUCAUGACCUUCAGCUUCGGACCCGUCAGCAUCACAGACAGGAAGCUGUCGGGCCUGCAGGACGGCGUGGUGUCGUAUACGGGCCGGCGUCUGCUGGAGAUCGAACAGCAACAACAACAACAUCAGCAGCGGGAGGCGGAGGCUGCUCCACCUGCCAGCAGAGUGGAGGACAGGACGGAGACGGAGGAGGAGGGAGGAGACGACGCUCCUGAGUCCUUUCACUUCAGGAACCUGAGCGACGUGUUCAGUGACAUGAAGGACUUGGUGCUGCAGGACAUCGAUCGGUACUUCACCUCCUCAGACUGCAGACAGUUCAACCGCUCCGAGUCUCUCAGGCUGGCUGACGAGCUCAGAGGUUGGGUCCGCCGACAUCAGAUCGACAGGAAGAAGUCUGGAGGAAAACCGAAGAUCGCCAAAAAGGCCAAAAUCGCUCAGAAAGCUCAGCUGAGGAAGACAAACUUCUCCAGAUAUCUUCCGAUCCAGACUCACCGCUCCUUAGAAAGUCAGCUGCAGGUGCUUCCUGGUCCUGAGGUCACCUACAGCGACUUCCUGGACGCCAUCGACCGUCGAGAGGACACGUUCUACGUGGUCUCCUUCAGACGGGAUCACCUGCUGUUACCGGCCAUCAGCCACAAUAAAACCAGCAGACCCAAAAUGUCUCUGGUGAUGCCGGCCAUGUCUGUGAACGAGAGCCUCUAUAACUCCUCUCAGGGUUACGAGAUGAUGAUGCAGGUUGACUGUGAGGUCAUGGACACGCGCAUCGUCCCCAUCAAGUCCUCGGCCGUCCCGCCGUCUCUCCGCGACCCCCCUCCGCCUCCCCCCUCCUCGCACCACAACCCCCACCAUCACCACGGCAACCACACCUCGCUACGAGGGCGCCACCACCACCACCCCUCCUCCGCCUCUUCCUCGUCCUCUCCGUCGUCUUCCUCACCAUCGUCUCCCAGGCAACCUUUACCCGCCCGCCGACGGACAGCAGAAUAUUUCAUCAGCCAGUCAGAAGGAGUCUAAAGACAAAACUCUUGACGACAGGUAACAAAAACACGUCUCCUCUUCCUGGAAAACCUCCAUGAACCGUCAGAUCUGAUCCGACGAGCUCUUCCUGUUACUGUCACCAGGCUCGACCUCCCUCUGUAGAAGAUCAUGUCCUAAUUUAUACCAAUAUAUUUCUAAUCUGAAGUCGGAUGCAGACGCAGCAGCACACUGCACUUAGAAACAGUGCUGCCUUUUAAUAUUUAAUUGUGAAAAUGUACAGUUUGAAUAAAGCGUCGAGGCGGGAAGAACCCGAGCUGGAUUGUUUGUUCCAGCGUGUUGGAACCGGUCUGGCCCACGGGUGGCGCUGCCGGGCUGCACAAUUAAAGUUCAGAGGGAAACAUUUCAGGGUAUCAGGAUCAAUAUAUUUCUGCACUUUCUGCAUUUCAGAGUGAAAUCUUUCCUCAAGAACAAGUUUCAUUAAAGGGACAUUCUUUAUUUUUUAACCUGGGCUCUACGUUUUGGUGUCUCAAUGUGAAAAUGAUUGAUGCUUCAUCCACGCACUCCUCUGAUCGUCCUCAUUCCUGAGUCGGGAAGUCGUUCUUCCGACUUUACUGUGUUAAUGUGCGUAGUGUCAGAAUGUGGAAGCAACAUGGACACUGAAAAUAAGUUGUUUCAGUGACAAAACAGAGCAAAGGAAACGUGACAAUGACUUCUUCCAAGUAUGAAUUAUUUUCACUGUAAAACAUGUAAAUAUGGAGUCCAGGGUUAAAAAUACUAGAAUUCCCCUUUAAUUACUGAAGCUGCGUUUAUGAGUGUGCAGCUCCAGCUGGUCGUCGUCUCUCCUCGUCAUGGUUUCUGUGGAGUAUGUGUUUGUAUAUUUGUGUUUGUGGUCAAUAGACGACGUGUAGAGAGAGAAAAUAUCAUGUCGAUAUCAGAACUGAAGGCCGCUGCAGGAAGUCAGAUCCACUGUUUAUAUCUGAGAAACAUCUGUGAAUCUGCCUCGUGUGCAGAACUUGCCUGCGAAUCUUCACUUUUGAACUUGUCCUCAGUCUCAGAGUGAUCCAGCCGUCUGCACAUUAACGUGUGAUACAAACUGGAAGCGCUAAUAACUGAUUCUGCAAACGUUUAAUGUCAAAAUAAAAACUUCCUCCUUCUGUUACCGGCACAUGAAACCACUUCAGACCAUCUGAGAUCUGACUUCCUGUCGCAUCCGUCAGAUUUAUUCCUGUGUUUGUUUGCUUUUUAAUAAAUUCAUGUUCUUGUUUUGAACGGAGCAUUAUUUAAUAGUUGUAAAUAUCAAUGUUGACUGUAGAUAUUUGUGUUUGUUUUUGUCACUUUUUAUAAUUUUUUAUUUCUUUCCUUUUGACAACAAAAUGUAAAAGAAUUUAAAAAAAAAAAGAAAUCAGUUUGGAAUAAUGAGGCUUCACAGUGAGAACAAAUCAGACUGAUCGAGUUUUUAAAUGUUUUUUAUUCUUGUUUCUUGUCGUGUUCAGUUCAGUGGACCAACUGGCUUCAGCUUCUCAUGAACUUGUGAUGUUCAGUAUAUUUAUCUGCAGAUUUCUUUUAUUGUACAGAAAAUACUCAGGAGGAAGUUUCAGUUCCUCGUGUAUCUGAACUGUGCUGACAGACGACUCUGAACGCUUCCUGUUUCUUCUUUUGACCAAAACAUGCUUCAGAUUUUUCUUCUUGUCUUUGUGUUUCUGCCGCUCAUGUUUCGGAUCUCCUUCAGUGACGUCAUCAUGGUUAUUCUGCAGGAGUUGUUUAUCAGACAGGGUUUAACGAAAGACGCUGUUCAGUUGCAUCAUGGGAAAUGUAGGAUCCAAGGGUUCGAUGCUGAGUAGCUGGAAAGCCUAAUAAGGAGUUCACUAGAUUAUUCCUGCAAAGUGUGAAACUAUAAACGGUAAAGAGACAAUCAGAGAAGGAAAACUUGAGUUUGAACAUUCACAGAUUUGUCAGUUUAAAGGAAUAUUUUGUAUUUGCUGAAAAGAAGUUUGAUGAAAUGAGAGAUUUAAUGAGAGUAAUCAUCUCAAAUGUGUCAGCAACACAUCGCUGAGCUGUUCUUGUAAAAGAAGAGUUUACCGUCACUGUCACUGUCUAACAGGCAGAUCCAAAACUGAGCCGCCGGAUCAGACCCAGAUUAGACCCGGUGUCACAGAACAGAACAAAGUCCUGAAGAUGAACGUCUGCUCACGUCCUCGCUCUGAAUUUUCUUUCUUUGCUCGUUUCUCAGUCUUCAUCCUGCUGCCGCUCCUCCUCCUCCUCCGAGUCUGAUGAAAGAAAGAAAUAUUAACAGUUUUUGUUGUUUUUUUUAUACUGAAUUGAUUUGUUACUUUUGUUUAAAGAAAUGCAAAGAGGAAAAAAAGUUUGGAUAUGAAGGUAAAUGUUCGGGCUCUGUUUGAAACUCCACAGUUUGUUCUGAAGUUCAAAAAAACUAAAUAGGAUUGUGCACAAAAUGUUUUGGCAAGAAUGACAAAUACUUCUAAUAACUCUGGUCUGGUUGGUGAUUCUUCACUGAGCGGGAAAAAAAUUUAAUUCCUGCCUGAAACAAAGGAGGAAAUGUUGGUCACGUAAAGUUGUUUUCAUGUUAAUUUUGUCCGUUCAGCUCCUAAAAUGAGAGAAAUCUACACAAAAGUUCCAAUCGUAAGUUGUAAUUUCUUACAUUUCAGCAGAAACAUUUGUUUUUUCAGAGUUAAUAUCAAAUCACAGGAUUAUAUUUCUUUUUAGUCACUUAAUCGACUGACUAUAGCCGCGCUAAAGUCGAGUUUCUAACAUCUUGCACAGAAAAAAACAAUAAUAUAAAGAAGUAGUCCAAGUUUUCAUCUUGUUUUUUGAUUUUAAGACAGAAAAAAAAUUAAAACUUUAAACCAUAAAUCAAUAAAAUCAAACUGUGACUGACAGAAUCUGAGUUUCAGAACCAGUUGAGAACCAGCGACCGGACCAGGAGCAGAUAUCAGAUAUUGAGCUCAGCUCGUAUUUUGCUGUCACGUGUGGAAACUGUGUGAAGACGCGCAGAUCUGUGCUGACUGAAGGUAACGAUGUAAAUACGAUGUGAGACAAUUUGCCUUUGGUCCGUUUUGCUUUUUUUAAUUUAAAGUCUGUAAAUAAAUCUUUGUACGUCUGACGAGACGACGCAUCCGAACUGCUGCCUUCUGUUUGUAGGAAGUGAAGCUUUGAAUUUGAUAAAGAGAAAAUAAAGUGACGCUGGAGCUCC